GGUUAUCGCAGCCCGUUUAUUUAACUGUUAGGUGACAUGUAAUUGUCGCUGUGAAAUAUUGAGGAGGAGCUUGUAUUUAUUCCUGUCACUUGGCGUAUAUUUAAUACAUUGAUUCACACUAAUAUGAUAAAGCGAUAAAUCAUUCAGUCCUGUGAAGAAAACAAUUUUCAAAGACCUGUGUUUCGAAUGGCAAAAUGGUAACACCUAUAUUGAAGACAUAUGUGUGUUUGGUCAUCUUUAUUCCCUUCCAUGUCGCAGGACUCCUCUUAGACACACGCCCAGUGACAACACGCCCAACAUUUGCUCCAGUGUUUUCCAUUCCCCGUGACUGCCAAGAUUACCUGUGGGAAGGGUUCCGAGAGAAUAAGCUGUACACAAUAUACCCACAAAAGAGCGGAAGACUGGACGUUUUCUGCGAUCAAGUGACGGACGGAGGCGGAUGGACAGUUAUCCAGAGGAGAGGUGAUGGUUCGGAGGAUUUCUUCAGGAAUUGGAUUGACUAUAAAUACGGAUUCGGAAACAAGUCCAACGAAUUCUGGCUUGGAAAUCAUCGAAUUUAUGAAAUCGUUAGCCAGGGAUUUUAUGAACUUCGCAUAGACAUGACUGACUUUGCUGGACAAAGUCGUUACGCUGUUUACAAUCGUUUCUCUAUUGGGGACGAGAGCAGUGGAUACAAACUGACGAUCGAGGAUUAUCAAGGAACAGCAGGUGAUUCGAUGAUACGACAAAAUGGUGCGCAGUUCUACACCAAAGACCACGAUUCAAAUACUUGUGCGGCAAGAUUUAAAGGUGGCUGGUGGUAUGAAAACUGUCAUGACUCUAAUUUGAAUGGAAUGUACCUACGUGGGGCUCACUCGACAUUUGCUGAUGGGAUUGAGUGGAGGACAUGGCAUGGAUACAACUACUCACUAAAAUUCGUCGAGAUGAAAAUCAGGAGAUUGUAAAAAAUGAGACGAGAAAAGCGUUCACUCCCUUAUCAAAUAAAAUAUUGAACUGCU